AUUUCUGAAUCUGCGUGAUUGGAAGCCUUCUUCUCCAUCGCGUUCAUGAAAGAACUAAAAUUCCGUCGUUGAUUUUCUAAGCUUUUGGCGGAAAUUGUUGUUGCUCUCUCUGGAUUUACUAGUUUCCGUUCGUCUUCUUUGCCGACGCCGACAUUUUUAUUCCCAGACUGAGCUCAGAGCCAGUUUUGGCCUGUGAAUAUAUAGAUAGUAUACAGGCCGGCCAUUCAUGGAUCCUUCAAUAAUGAAACUCCUCGAGGAAGACGAGGAUGAGACGAUGCAUUCGGGUGCCGACGUCGAGGCUUUCCAGGCAGCUCUCAAUCGGGACAUUGAAGGCCACGCUUCCAAUUCUCAGAAUCAAGCUCAUAAUACGGUGGCAGUUUUUCCAAGCGAAAGCAACCGAGGUUCCUCUCAGCAAUUUCAAAGUUGGCCUUCAAUGGGACAGGAUCGAGUUCCGUCUGGCUCAAGCAACCAGGGGCCACAUAAUUUAUCGCAUCAACAACAAUUAUCACAUCAACAGCAACAGCAACAGCAACAACAACAACAUCAAUCGCCUAUGAUGAUCGAUCAACGAUCAUCUGUAGCUGAGAAACAGCAGCAACUUAAUAAUGUGCCGCGGGGACAAAAUACCCUUGCUUUGCAUAAGAACCAACCCCAAGACGAGCAUCAACAGGUUAAGGUGGAACAUGCUGCCGUUCAAGCUCCCCAGACAAGUGGGGCGACGGUUUCUGAUAAAAGUCCUGUUUCAGUAUCUGAGCCUGUUAGGUUGCCGAACCCCAUUGGUAAAUCCCAAUUAUUAAGGAUGCCCCCACAGACAUCCAUGGAACAGACUGUUAACUCAAGGUAUCAGGGUCAGCAAAUACCAUUUGUGCUGUUGCUGCCUACUUUAAGACCCCAUCUUGAUAAAGACAGGGAGAUGCAGCUUCAGACUAUCUUCACUAAACUAAGGAAAAAUGAAAUCCCAAAAGAUCAGUUCGUCAGGCAUAUGAGGAAUAUUGUUGGGGAUCAAGUGCUAAAAUUGGCAGUAAAUCAGUGGCAAGAGCAGCAAGGAACCAACCAAUCCCAGUUACACUCCCAAGCUUUAGCCCGUCAACCAAAUACUAGGAUGCCUAUCAGUCCCGGUUCUUCUCAACUUGGUGAUUCCAAUCCAUUUGUACUUCAUCAAAAGGGAUCAAGCUCUUCCACCGACCCAACUUACAAUGGUCAUCCGUCAGUCAAACUGCAGGUUGAUAAUUCAACUCAUGCUCUUGCUGGAACGAGUACUCCGAAUUCCCGACAGGUGGAUUCCCGUGCAGUCAACUUCAGUCAAAUGUCUUCACCCAUUGCUAAUCCAGAUAGAGAUGGCACUUCAAUUUCAACACAAGGACACAAUAAGCAGCAGCAACAACAUUUACACUUCCCACAGACAUCUUUCCCUAUGUAUGGAGGAGCUGGGAGUAAUUAUCCCACAUAUUCUGGUUCAGGAGGCACAUCUAUGAAGCCACAGCCUUCAGAGCUACAAAUGAGGCAGAUUCAUCAUCAAGGUGCAGCUACCACUCAGGUGGGAACAUCCACCCAGGCAAUGAGCUCCCUCAACGUGCCCAAAUUGGAGAGGCAAAGUCCAGCUGUUGAGUCCAAUAGAGCGCAGAGUGGUCCUCUAUCCCCUUAUCCAAGCAAGCCAGCAUUGCAACAAAGUUCAGUUCCUUGGCAGACAUCAACAAAUAAGGACCAGAAUCCUGCCCCUUUCCAACCAAUGAAUUCUGUGAAACAGGAGAGAGUUGAGCAGGCUAGUGAGCUGCCGCAGAAGUCCCAGUUCUGUAACAACCAGGAGUCAUCUGCUGGUGCUGAACUAGGAAAUGCAACUUUGGGGAAUUCCAAGGAUGCCUCUUCGGAUAAGCAGCCGUCAGGUGUUGGGUUCUCUUCAGCUUCUGAUGCAGUGCCCCCAAAUUCAGUUUCCCAAACUGUCACAACCCAGACUGACCACCAUACCCAGGCUGCCCCCAGGAUUCCUCCCGUAACUUCACCUGCUACUACAAAUUCAAGAACACCUCCAAAGAAACCCUCCGUCGGGCAGAAAAAAAAUCCACUAGAAGCUGUUGGAUCUCCCCCACCUGGUGCAAGUAAGAAGCAGAAGGUUUCUGGGGCCUUUUCAGAUCAAAGCAUUGAACAACUGAAUGAUGUUACUGCUGUCAGUGGAGUUAAUCUUCGGGAAGAGGAAGAACAAUUGUUCUCUGCAAACAAGGAGGACAGUCGUGUCUCCGAAGCAUCUAGAAGAGUUGUACAAGAAGAAGAGGAGAGGCUGAUUUUGCAGAAAACCCCUCUUCAGAAAAAAGUGGCAGAGAUCAUGGCCAAGUGUGGUCUGAAGAAUGCUAGCAAUGAUGUAGAGAAGUGCCUGUCCUUGAGCGUGGAGGAGAGAAUGCGGAGUUUGAUAAGUAACAUGAUCAGAAUGUCGAAACAGAGGGUUGAUUCAGAAAAGUCCAGACACAGGACUGUGGUUACCUGUGAUGUCCGGCAACAACUCCUGGCAAUGAACCAGAAAGCUAAGGAUCAAUGGGACAGAAAGCUGGCUGAAGCAGAAAAGCUACGGCGAGUAAAUGAAGUAGGUUUUGUUCCUGCAAUUGUUCCCGAGGAUGAUGAUGGAGCUGAAGGGGACAAGGAAAGGGACGAUGGUAGAGGAAAAGCACCCAAGGUGAACAAAGAGGAGGAUGACAAAAUGAGAACAACAGCAGCAAACGUGGCAGCCAGGGCUGCUGUUGGUGGAGACGACAUGCUGUCGAAAUGGCAGCUCAUGGCUGAGCAAGCCCGACAGAAACGUGAAGGUGGUCAUGAAACUGCAUCUUCUUCUCAGUCAGCUAACAAAGAUGGGAGCCGUAAGGCCCAAUCAUUCUUCGGAAGGAAUGGCAGUCAAGAUGGAACAAAGAAGAGCUCUGGUCUAGGAUCCUUUGGUGGUAGGAAAUUUGGAAGGAGCCAGGUUGCAGGAGCACAGUUUAGGGAGGUUCGGAGUUUAACCAUCAAGGACGUGAUUGCAGUGAUGGAACGAGAGGCUCAGCUGUCGAAGUCAACUCUGAUCUAUAAGCUGUACGAGAAGAUCCAGUCCAAUCCGCCACCGGAAUGAUAAGAUCCCCUGCAGCUCCAAACAGCUGCAAUGAAUUUGGAAGCCUGAUGAUGGGGCUAAUGUGGUUACAGAGUCCAGUUUGUUGCUUGUACUUAAAAGAGCAGUUAUUGUUUGCGUUGCCUUUGGACACACUGCUGUAUUGGGCUAGUUCAAUUUGUAAACUCUCAGUGAUAGAAAUGUGCAAUUGCUUAUACUGUACAAAUGUUUGUGAUGACGAGUGCCAAGAGUUGAAUAUAUAUAUAUACAUGUAAUGUGCUCUAAGGAGUUUUCUGGUUUGAUGGAAGCUCCUUUUGAUGGAUAAUAAUUUCCUUCCAUUGCCAUCAUCCUUCGCAGGAUGCAAGAUUUUUAUUUUUCUCAUUUCAAAUUUCUUG